AUGGAUCAGCACUCCCCACCACCCAGCGCUUCCGGGUCGCCCGUUGAUCAUCCUCCGGUCUCCAGGAGACACCCGGUGUAUCACGGAAUUCGGUCUCGUGGCAGGAAAUGGGUGUCCGAGAUACGAGAGCCACGUAAAGUCACGCGCAUUUGGCUCGGCACUUACCCGACCGCGGAGAUGGCUGCGGCCGCUUAUGACGUGGCAGUCCUUGCCCUAAAAGGCCCCGGUGCCCUCCUGAACUUCCCUAGCUCGGCCCUCACAUACCCCAUUCCGCCUUCCACGUCGCCAACCGACAUACGUGCCGCCGCAUCGAGAGCAGCGGCUACGAGGCUCCUGAGGCGGGAUCUUGACGUGGACUCGAACGCGUGCAUGGCGGCUUCGGGGCAAGAAUUCACCGAUGAGGAUGCCAUUUUGAACAUGCCAAACCUGUUGGCCGACAUGGCGGAGGGGAUGCUCGUGAGCCCACCGCUGCCACAGGAAUCACCGGAAUAUCUCAAUGCAGAAGGCCUGUGGAAUUAUCCAUGA